UGGAUGAUAUCGAUUUUCCCAGAAAGACUGUAAUGUGUUCUACCUCAACGCAGGCGCUAGCCAUGAUCAGCAUGACAGUUUUUAGUGCCAGCAGUGCGUAUGACUACCACGAACCACUUGGUUUGUAUAACUAGCGAACAUACUAUUCACGGAAUUCGGGUGAAUGAUUAGGAAUUGAGAAGGAUAUGCGCACAUGGAUUAUCUGAUUAUUUUCAAUUGGAGAGCGAAAAGGAAGAAAUAUGGCAGGGAAGGUUAGAGUUCACUUUUUGGGAAUUAUCCUGGGGAUUGUCUUCCGUGCAGCACAAGGUCAAUUACUAACUAAGGAACAUCGCACACAUGCAGCUACUGAGCGAGCCAACGAUUUAUGGUGUUAUCAGUGUGAUACGAUGGAGGAUGGAGAAAAAUGUGUAGAUUUGACUGGUAAUCACACAUCGUUGAUGAAGAAGUGUAAAGAUGACAAACGAAUUUGCAUUGUGAAACGAUUCUCGUUCACCACAAGUACAGAAAACUCGACAUCAGAACCCAUGAUGUGGGCGAUAGAACGAAACUGCACAAACAAAUGUGAACCUGGUUGUAUAGUGAUUGGAGAAAGAACGAAGCUCUAUGCUUGUACAGCAUGUUGUGAGAAGUCUCUCUGUAACACUGGAAAAGGUACAGCUGCGGAAAUGAGUACGAGGGAAAUCGGUUUCGUACUCGGUCUGCUACUCCAAGCACUUCUCACCAUUACACUGUACCCAGCGUGAUAUUACGAAGAAAUGAUUGACUAUUUUCUGGCUCUUCUCUACUUCUACUAUUUCAUCACUUCAAUCAUUAGCAAAAUCAUUCGUGCAAGAUUGUUUUCUGGAGUGAUGGUAAAUAUAACCGAACUGCCAUAUGUGAGCGACGAAGACCGUUCCUAUGUUACUCCUAGCUUGAUACUCCUCCAUGGGAUAAAUUUCCUAGUGAGCGAGAAUGAGAAUAAAUUUAGGAGUUAACGUAAGAGCAAAUCAGCCACCUGCGUGGACGUGAGAAGUUGGAGAACGAUAAUCAGUUGAAGUUUAUGUUCAAGAGUUUAUGAAAUCGUUGUUGUAAUAUAAUUAACAAGUCCAAAUUAAUUAAAUAUAAUAUAUGCCAGUAUGAACUUGCUGUUUUGUCUACUUUACCUUCGAAUAAUCCCGCACUCCAUGGGCCACGGAAUUGCCAUCUGAACGAAUCAAUUAACAGCUUGGGACGUAUGUUGGCCAACAUGGAGGAUAAGUCAAUAAAGACACUAUUUUGACCAGUGGGGUGUGAACGUGGAGUGCGUUUGGCCGGUGUUGCGGUGCUAUAUUCACAUGUCACAGUGAGUGAGUCUACGUCAACGCAGAUUGGAAGCGACUAGACGUUGAGUAACACGUACACUUUUUACCUUGUUGAAUCGCCAAAUUAUUCGAGGAUUACUUCAUUGAUUUAAAGGAACGAAGAAGCUAUUGGAUCGUUAAAAUGGCACCAAAGCAGAGAAUGCGUAUUGCCAAUGAGAAGGCAACCAAAAAUAUAACAUUGAGGGGAAAUGUACCAAAGUCAUCG